AAUGUUGUAUUAAGUAUUAAAGUGCUAUAAAUAGAAAGAGAGAAUACGUUACUAUUUCCAUCUAUGAACUGAAAUUUAAAAUGUUUUAAAUUACUUAACAUCAUAAAAAUUGAUGUAAACCGGACGAUAUAGUUGAUAACCUUUUAGUAACUAAUUAGAUACUGAGUAUCUCCUUUGAUGUGACUGUUUUUUAUAAUUACAUUCAAUACAGUAUGAUAAAUCUUAUUGGGGUCAUAUUUUUAAUUAUAAGCGAUGCAGAAUGUGAAAGUUCUAUGAAAUCUCUACACAUCCUAUUUAGACAUGGAGAAAGAAGUCCUUCAAAAAGUUAUCCACUUGAUCCACAUAAAGAUUAUUCAUGGCCAGGUGGUUGGAAUCAGUUAACUAAUAGAGGAAAAUUAGAAAUGUACGAUUGUGGCGUUAACAUUCGUAAAAACUAUUCAUUAUUUCUACCAAAAUAUUAUUAUCCAGAUGAUGUUUCCAUAUUAAGUAGUUAUGCAGAUCGUUGUCAGAUGAGUGCACAACUAUUUCUAGCAGGAUUGUAUCCUCCAAUGGACGAUCAAAUUUGGAAUUCAGAUCUUCUAUGGCAACCAAUACCACUUCGUAGUUUACCAAGAUCUGAAGAUAAUAAAUUAGCGCUAAAAAAAGAGUGCCCAAAAUAUCAGCAAGCAUUAAAACAAGCUUAUGUAUCACCUGAAAUUAAAAAUUUAAACAAAAAGAACAAAGAUCUUUAUAAAUAUUUAUCAGAAAACUCAGGUAGUGAAAUAGAGAACAUUUUGAAAGUAGAAACUUUGUAUAAUAUCCUGCAAAUUGAACAACUUAAUAAUUUAGAAUUACCUCAAUGGACAAAAACAGUUUUUCCUGGUAAAAUGAAAGACUUGGCAGCUAUGUCUUUAGCAAUUUUCACACAAACAGAUUUUAUGAAAAAAAUGCAUGGCGGGGAAUUGGUUAAAGAGAUCUUAUUAAACAUUGGGAAUAAAAUUAAUGGAACUUUAUCGCCAAAUCGAAAAUUAUUUCUUUACUCCGGUCAUGAUUUAACUGUUGUAAGUCUAAUGAGAAUCCUGGGCUUUAAUGAAUUAAUUAAACCAGAAUUUGGUGCUUCCGUUAUUAUUGAACAUCAUUCAAUUAAUGAUAAAGAUAUCAUUAAAAUUUUCUAUAAGAGCAACCCUUAUGCUGAUUUAGAAGAAAAAAAUCCUAAUUAUUGCAAUCAAGUUUGUUCUUUCAAAGAGUUUGUAAAUGGAAUGAAAGAAUAUAUUUCUGAGAAUUGGGAUGAAGACUGUAAACUUGCAUAAUUUCGAAUAAUAAAACUAUAAAAAUUAAAAACUUA